GUUGGCUUUCGCGACUUUGAUUUCGUGGAGACGCGAAUAAUAUAUCGAUUACCUACCGCACUGCUACUUUCUCGAUACAAUCAAUAUUCGCUGCACUAUCACCCUGGAGCCACCGAUUCUAUCUCAUUGCCUCUCCCUGAUCUUGGGCUGGUUGUCCUCCUGUCCGCUCUCUGCCAGGAGCCCUGCGAACCUGCAGACAUGAAGCCCGACGCAUAAUACAACUCAAACUCUCAGUCCCUCCACCUGCGCUAGCAUCUACCAACCUCUGUUCGCUCUUCCCACCAUGGCGCAAGCAUCGCAGCCUAUCGAUGAUGUGGGAAGACUGAUCAAUCUGAUUCCGGUUGGCCUGAAGGAAGCUGCGAUCGAUUCGCCCACUGCCCGCGCCACUAUUCUUCACUACGGAGAGCAAGUCGAUCUUCUGGAGAAAUGGCUCGACGACUAUGCCAAAGCAUCCACAAGACUCGUUUCCGAAUCCCUGACCCUAGAGAAUGUCCUCAACAACUUCAUUGCCCACGCCGUCCUGCCUACGAACAUCUCCGAGUCCAUGUUGGAUCAUGACUACAGCGUCCUGGCGAUGAAGAAGUUCGCCGAUGGUGCCAAAGACUAUUGGAUGAGCAUGAUAGCAGUGGUCAAGAGAUUGUCUACCAUGGUCAUUGAUCCCAUCAGACAUUUCCUUCAGAACGACCUGCGGCCUUUCAAAGAGGCUCGCCGAGCGGUGGAGGCUACCCAGAAAACCUUUGAACAUCUCCAGGGGAAAUAUGCUGGGCUGGGUAAAUCCAAAGAACCUUCGUCGUUGAGGGAGGAGGCGUUUCAGCUGCACGAGGCCCGCAAACUCUACAUCAAGGCCAUCAUGGACUUCUCCAGUAUGGCCCCGCAGUUUCGCUUUGCCACAGAUAAGCUCCUGGUCAAGAUCUUCUUUGACCAGUGGUGUGAGAUGCGGGUCUCGCGUGACAACACAGCCGCGACCUUCCAACGGAGCGCUGAUGAAAUGCUGAGAAUCAAGGGUUGGCUGUCCGAGCUGGAGGCCAACGAAAAGUCGUUUCGCAAGGAGCUCAUGGCCGCGAAGAAACAGCUGGAAGAGGCCGCCGAACUCGAAACCCGGCCCUCACGAGAGUUGGAGGAUUACACCUUAUCAACAGUCCCUCAGUUUGCUGGUCAUGGCCAUAGUGCCAGCACUUCAACCCUGCAACGUUCACCAAAAAAGCCGACCUCCAAAACCGGAGAGAAGCAAGGCUGGCUGUUCCUCCGGACCUACAGUGGGAAACCGACUCGCACUGUCUGGGUGAAGAGGUGGGCAUUCGUUCGCAACGGAGUUUUCGGCUGGCUGCUGCAAGGCACGAGAGCAGGCGGCGUUGAAGAGAGCGAGCGGAUUGGUGUUUUACUCUGUAAUGUCCGGCCCGCGCCAGCAGAAGAACGUCGCUUCUGUUUUGAGCUCAAGACGAACAAAAACACGAUCCUCCUCCAAGCAGAAACACAGUCAGAGCUUGUGGAGUGGAUUGACGCUUUUCAUAUUGCCAAGUCCAAGGCCGUCAACGACGGAGAUGGUCUCCGCAGCUUCGCUUCUGGCAGUGGGAACAUUCAAGCCGGUGCGGCUUUUGCAAUAAGCGCACCACCAAUCCCUGAGUUUGGGACUUUCAUCCUUGGGUCGACAGAACCGGGUGCUGUGGGAGAGGAUAUCGCCGCUCUGGAAAAGACCAACACCCUGCCAAUUCCGGGGACCGAUCAUGGGCGCGACAGUAGUGUGGACCUGCCUAGAAGGUCAACAGCUUUGGAGGAGAGCGGUCAUCGUGACACUGCCUCUCGCAUCAUUUCAAAGCUCGAUUUGCACAGAAAGAGUCCAGCUCCGACUCAGGUGUCUGCCAGCCCAUCGACACCGAAUCUUCCUGGUGGUAUUGCUGGCUUGAUUGCUGCUACUCAUGGUUCUAUGCCUGUCGGUCCGAGUGUCCCCAUGCUUCAAAAUGCUGAUGGCGAGUUUUCCAAGCCACGGAGUGCAUUUACGUUGGCUCUUCGGGAUAUGCCAGCCAGCAGUCUCGCGCCUUCGACUUUGGCUUCGGUACCGUCUCCAACCAAUCUGAGCAAGUCGGCAGUGAUCAUUACAGGGGAACGGGGCUUAAGCCCUGCUCCGGACAGGACUGGACUUCCUAAUGGGCUGUUGGCCAACACCUGGGGCACCUCCUGCAUAGCUGUCUUGAACAGACUUGAACGCACUGACCCAAACGAGAAGACCGAAAUCAAACUCCUGGCACAGCGAAGCCCAACGCUUCAGCCAUCGUUUUCUCCUCCGAAAACAUCAUCUACACCUACCCGGUCAGCUGUUCCCUUGCAACACAAUAUUCCGCAGCUUGACCUGAGUGUGCCUCAAAUGGGCUCACGAAGCCGGACUCCGUCGCCAAGUAAGAAACAGCACAGGAGCACUAUAAGUGUGGAUCGCGACACCGCGAAGCAAAUCAGUAAUGAUCUACUUGUGCCUGACUUCCCUAACUAUUAUCCUCUGCAGCUCAAGUCUCAGGAUGCACAGUUCCGCCUUCUGUUUCCGAACGUAAGACGUGACGACAGACUGGUCAUGGUUUUCAGGGCAACCUGGAACCCAAGCGAGCAACAAGAAUUCCCUGGCCGAGUCUACGUCACUCCCAGGGACAUCUACUUUUACAGCAACCAUCUAGGCUUGGUCCUCACAUCGAAUGUGCCUCUUGCAUCCAUUGACGAGGCCACUGCCGCUCCUGGAAGAGACUGUGACUUUAUCUUCCUGCACCUGAAGGACGCUGCAAGCGAUGCCAGUAACCGACGAAUCACAAUCAAGACAUUUCUAGAACCUUUGAGACUUCUGCAAAGGCGCUUGAACUUUCUGAUCAGAAACAGUGCUUCCGAUGAGCCUCUCAAUCUGGAACGGCUGAUGAAGGCUCUGAUCAAAAUGGAGACCGAGGCUCCCGAUAGGAGCCCCAGCCUGGAGAGUUGGGAGGAUGUAUCUCCAAAUACGCCCGUUGACACUGGCGGGCCUCGAUAUCGAGGCAGAGCAUCAACCAUUGGGACUGAACUACGAGGCCCACUGCGGGUUGAUCGUACCCUUCAUCAGAACCAGUUGGGCCGGAGGGAGUCGAAAUUUAAGCUGCCCGCUCAACCCGUGAAUUACACACCCCCUGGGAAUCUACGCCUGGCGGUCGAGAAAGAAUUCGACAUCAGCGCCAAGGCCUUAUUCCAUGUUAUGUUUGGGGAUAAAAGCGCAUUGUGGCAACUGCUUCAACAUGAAAGACGGGCGAAGAAUGUGUCCCAAGGGCCAUGGUUGAGCGUCGGGGAAGGACGCCUUCGAAGAGAGUUCACUUUUGACACGCCUGCCAAAAAUUUGUUCGGCCGAGAAACCUAUGCACAAGUUCAUGACUAUCAAACGAUCGAUGUUAAUAGUGAUCACUUAUGCUACGUCAUUACCGACAAGCGAACCCCAUGGCAUCUCCCUUACCAAAACAAUCAUCGCCUCGUCAGCAGGAUCGUCAUCACUCACGUGGCAAAGGCCCGAUGCAAGCUAGCGGUUUUCAUCAAGAUAGAGUGGUUGCGCGCAGCCUGGAUGCUGGGAGGAGUGGUUGAGCGACAAGCGUUAUAUGACCUCGAACUCGAUUCUCAAGAUCUCGCGGAUCUGGUGGCAGACCAAGUCCGCAAGCUUGGUCUCCACAGUCGCACCAAGAAGGCGAUUCAGAUUUUUGGUCAAGUUGGCCAUUCGACAGAAACAACACAGCUUCUGUUAGAAUCAUCGGCGCUCAACAUCGAAUUGAGAAGGCAGCCAGUUUCCCGAACAAUCACCGGACUAUUGGCGCAGAGCGCUGCCUCCACGGCGGAGAGUGCCUUGGGUACUCUCCUUCAGUCGUUGUUGAGCAUCCUGAGAUGGUUUGCCAAAACGCUGUCUGCUAACAAACUCAUAUUGGUGGCACUUGCCGUUUCGGCACUGUACAAUAGUUGGCACACAUAUCGAGACUCACUUGACUGGUGGCACGAACGCCGAGCCGGGAACUUCAUGGCUCGGCUAGGUAUCUCGCCCAAUACUGUCAUGAGCCGAGCAGUGUAUAUCAGUGACUUGGACGACAUUCUGAGUCGGAAAGCAAACCUGCCAGCGCGCGAUUCCAGUGCCUGCUAUAGCGUUUUCUAUGAUGAAAAUGAUCCGGAGUACUUUCAAGCUGGACUGAGACAGACGCCGGCGGCAAAAGUCCAGCAGACGCGUCAACGACUGGGGACUCAGCGGCACGAUCUCCUUGUUGCGGUGCGUGUCGUGAACAGCAUUGAGAAGCAGAUGAUGCAGGCCGCUUGGGAACAAUGGGUUGUGGAUGAGCAUCGACGCUGCCAGGUUGUGGAGGGACUGGUAUUGAAUGACCUGGAGCAGAACUACACGGACAUUGGUGAUGAUCUCAAGGGCUGGUACGACGAAUACUGCACCAGCUGCAGUAAUGAAUAUAUGAAGAUGCGUGCUGCCUGAUAUGUAAGAUAUACUGAUAAUGGACAACGAAGUUGGAGAGCAAUUCCUGGCUCGGGGCCUCUGAAGCAAAAGCCUCGACAUCGAGGGACGAGUUCUAGCUCACGACCAAAUCAGGAGGUGAACAUCGUGAACGACGGCCUCUCCGCUCGACUAGGAGGACUCCAG